AUGUCGCAUCGAAUUUGCAAGAGCAAUGUCUACUCUGAAGAGACCGAGGCAAAAGCCAAGUUCCGAGCUGAACGCGCCACUCCAACUGACGUUUUGAAUGUUAACGAGGAUCCAAGUCCUUCCGAAGGUCCCGUGCAGAAACGCCCUGCCAAGAAAAUUGUCGAGGAGGGCCAUAUCUCCAGCAAAGAUAACGAUAUCUUCGGAAUCCGAGAGCGAACCACCGGUGAAAAGACAACUAUCCACGAGCACGACCUUAUGGACGUCACCCAAGCCAACAAUCCCAGCACAUCCUAA